GCCAAAAUGGCGGACAAGGAGGAAUGCAUCACGGAAAUUUCUUCGUUUUUGACAGAAACUGCACGCAGAGUGGAAUCUAUGCUGCACAAACUAAAGUGGAAGAAGGAAACACUGUUAAAAGAGGUAUUUAAGAAUCAGCUAAUUAGGGAGAUCACGUUAAUAAUGAGGACCAAAGUAUCUGACGACAGCAAUGUUCUAUCUGUGUAAUCUCUUACUCAAGGCUAACAAGUCAAAAAUAGUCCAUUGCCCAGUCAACCCAAGUCACAGAAUAUCCACCUCAAGGUUUGAGAAACAUUUGAGUGUAUGUCAGUAUACAUCCAAGGGAUUGAAACCUCAGGUAAAGUACUAACAAGGCAGUAUAAUUUUUAUGCUACUUCUUUAGCAGCCUAAAAAGUUGUCAUAUUAAAAACUGAAUUGUAACCAUAAAUAAUAAUAACAGCAUGUUAUACCCUGGUAUUAAGAAAAGAAAAUGAAACAGAAAAUUUGUGCACAACAGGUAUAUGUACCAUGCAUGCGUUCUUCUGCAAGAGAAACUAAUUAGGGAAACAAAAAUAUUUAUAUGUUGGAGGUCAAAAGUAAAUUCAGGUUAAGAAUUGUAAACCUACAAUAUCUAGGUUAAUUCUAUAAUUUCCUUUGUCCCUUAGCCCUAAUUAUUCAUGCAUUAGGACUAGGAUAUCCAGUACAAAGGAAAUUGAGAAUCAACCUACCAUACAUUAAAACAUUUAAACCUGAAUGUAAUUUUGGCCUACAAGAUAUACAAGUAAUAUAUUAUUUUGUAAAGUGCAGUUUUUAUAUGACCCUCUUGAAAGGUGUGUAUCACCUCAUGUGCUAUGUGCUAAUUCCUUCUUCCCACCAAGUAAUUCUUUAUAUUGUAGAAUGUAAAGCCCUAAAAACUGCUGCUGCUGGCUUAAAAUUAUUGUGUAAUUGAACAGUCUAUUGUGUUGCUGAGUAACAUGUGAACAUCUUGUUUUCUAUUUUUCUUGGCACAUGAGUGUCUCAUGAGAUAUGCAUCACGAUGGUAAAUAAACUGAAAGGGGUGAUUCUUUCUUGUUUGUGAAAUUCUAACCCGGACCAGGGACCAGUGGUGCACCAUGAAAAUAUGGAAUAACUCAGCCCAGUUACAGUGAUUUUGUUACAAACAGGAUUGUGAGUCCUGGGACUCAUUUUGUGAAAAAUAAUGAGUCCCAGUCUAAAACCAGUGAGUCCCAGUUAAAAAAACAAUGAAUCCAAAAUUGAAAAUGCUUGGGCUUUUAGGUACCCAGACAGUUAAUCUGCAUGAAGACAGACUCCAAAACUCUUUACAACAGUAUACUGAAAUAUUAAAUUAUAGUCCUUCUAUUUUAAGGCACAACAUGUAUGCAACAUUAAACAACAACCUUAGUAACUGCCACAGAAAUUUCAUGAACAGAAUAUUUCUACAAAAACACAUGGAUCAAAGCAUCAAUGGGUUAUUCCAGAAAAAAUCCACACCCCCCCGACGGAUGGGGUCCUUUUUUAACCCCCCCUCUCACCUGGAUUUCCUGAAGCACAAGACCCCCCCUCCCAACUGGAUUUCCAAGGUGGAAGACCCCCCCUCCGCCUGGAUUUCCGGAAAAAUAAAAGGCUUAAAUUUAAUUUAUUUUUAAUGGAAAAUACACGCAAACACGUCUAAAUGUUUUGUUUUAAUUUCUAAAGCUUCAGCUUAUAUUAAACUAAGAAUUCUAUCGCGUGGAACUAAAAAACGAAAGGAGCAAAAAACAAAAAUGCGAACGACACCUGAACAGUGUUUACAUAAUUUCUUAGCUUAUAAAAAUCACUCUUAUCUUCGGUAGAAAUGUGUGUCAGGCGUUUGACGCUCUUCGUGACAACAACGUUGCGACGAGUUCCUUGAGGCCCGUUCUUUAGUAUCUUGUUCCCGUUUUCUGCUAUAAAAGGACCUGUAAAGCAACUUAGAUUAUCAUUUAUGUCAGGUGAGAAAUAUAUGAACAAAACAUUUUGACUAUUUUCAGGGUCCGAAAGCGCUUAAGUGUCAUCGAACUAAACGUUUGAUUUGUAUCAACUAUCGGUCGAAAUGACCCCUGCAGAAGACUUUUUUAAGGUCAACCCCCUCCCGCCUGGAUUUCCGGAGUCUUCGACCCCCCUCCCGCGAGAAUUUCCAGAAUCCCAUCCGUCACUGGAACAACCCAAUCUUUACAUCCUAUGGGACGCACUCUAUGAAUUAUUUUGUGUCUUAAGGGGUUUUUAUGUGUCAGGGACGCAGGACGCAGAGGUAACACAAUCAUUGUCACAGUUUAAAUUCUAAUGAGUCACCAUCAUCAAUUUUCUUAAAACAAUAUCAAUACAUAUUAAGAUAAAAGGUUUUGAGAAUGAGAUAAGGUUUGCUCAAGGGAAAAUACUUUGAUCAGUAUUCUAAUGAUCAGUCAGUCAAGAGAAUUUGUAUGUGGAUACUGGGACUUCAAGGGUUAAAACACUUAACAACUUGAAAUUUUCAUGUAAACCAAAGUAAUCUGAACUUCCCAGACAUUUUUGGCAUAGUGGAAAGUAACCAUAGACUCUCAAUGAUAUAGUAAAUUAUUGUUUUUGCAGGAUGUUAGUCCAAGCCCUGAAUUCUUUUAUCAGACUUCCAAAUCGGUGAUUCCUGUAUUUAUAGGUAAAGAAGUUUAUAUAUUUCAAGCAAAUACACAAGCUCUUGUGUGCAUGCAUCCUGUGAACAAGAUGUUUAUCAGUGAAUAUUUUGCAGAAACAAACUCAGCCUGCAGUGACCAGAGCAGAGACAAAGAAGGAACUGUUGGUGACACCAGUACCGAUAAUGAGAUAAGGUAGGAAUAAAGACAAUAUGCCAGAAUUUUCUGGAUAGAUUUUACUGUCUGCAGAGCUGCGCUUUCUUCAAAAUUGUAGGGUUGGGCCGUGUGCUUGAAAAAAGUCCCUUCCAGAUGUCUGGGACUAGUAGGUUUUGUUGAUCGGGAGCAGAGUAACUUUUUAAGCUCUCUUGCCUUUUUAUGGGCAAGGGUCCAGGCAAGUCAUCUUGCAACUACGUGUAAACCUUUAAUGAAGACAAACAAAAUUAAAUUCAAAGUAAGAUGGAAUACUUCAGGAAAUUGAGUAAUUUUAAUUUUUCAGUGGUAAAAAACCCUGUACCAGAAUAAUUAAAAACAUAUUGCAUUCUUUUUUACAUUUUUCAGGGGCUAUAGAUGUAAUAAGUCAUGUUUAAUAAUACCAAAGAAAAAUGUCUUAUGGGAGCCCAAGAAAAUACAUGUCAAACUAUACAAAAUGACAUGUAAUUUUUAGAAUUUUACCUGUGUUUUCCCAAUUCUUGUGAAAUUUGAUAUUCAUUUUCUUGGGUUCCCAGAAGAAAUUACAUUGUACAUCUAUAUCUAGCCUUUGAAAAAUGUAAAAAAGAAUGCGAUAUUGUUUAAAUUACAUUGCCUGCACCAAGACUUGCACCCUUGGCGGGGCAAGCUUAAAAGAACGAGAACUAUGUUAAGAGAUUUUUUUUUCUAGAGCGAUUAAGGGAAUAUUUUCAGUGGUUUCCAGAAAGUAAUAUGUAGCGAAUUUGUUGCAAACUAGUAUGUAGUGAAUUCGACAAGUAGCGAAACUGAUUGUUACCAUACAAAACCAUGUGCUAAUGAAUAAAUCUGUCACAAUGCCAGGUCAAUAAUGUCAUGGGAGGUGGUUCCUCCAUCCCACAGCAAACUUCAGCUUCAUCUUUUAUCACCAGAGAGGAUUAGGGAGUGGAUCAUUGAAAACCUGCCAAAAGUUCAGUAUUUAAGGUGAGGAGUUAUUCAGUGUGAGUUUUUAUUGGGAUAACAUACGUUUCUUGUCAUGAAUGUAAUACAUGAACAUAUACACCCUUAAAUGAAAGAAGAUCAACGCAGCUAUAGAUGCAACUAUUGCAGUUGUGAAGUGAAAACCUGAAAAAAUUCAGGCUAGUUUGGAGUUGGAACCCUUGAUCUUGCAACUGGCCAAGUGGAACCUACCCCUAGUGCCACAUACCAUCAAUAUUGUAAAAUGUCAUAAACCACUUUGAUUAAAAAACAAAAUAAAUAAAUAAAUAAAUAAGUAACGAUUUAGAAGUAGCACCUCCGCUAAGUGGUUCCUUGUCUACCUGAUUCCUGGUCAAAUUGGAAUUUGGAAAUGUUGGUUUUUGAGGAGAGGGGAAAACAAGAGUACCCAGAGAAAAACCUCUUGGAGCGAAGGAGAGAACCAACAACAAACUCAACCCACAUAUGGCUUUGAUGCCAGGACUCAGACCCGUGCCACAUUGACUCCUAACUAGUGCAGGGAAAGAGUUUUAUCAAACCACACCCAAAAAACACCUGACCAUUGCUUCUCCACAUGCCUGAACUUAGAAAACUGUAAUAAGGGUAUGAAGAACGAAAGCCAGCUUUGUGCUUGACAUCUGAAUAAUGUUUUGGCUAGCUUUGCCUUUUUCUUGACACGGUGAAGUGGCUUGACCAGCUUCAAACAUUUCUUUUUUGUUUGUUAAUACUCACUCAACAUUUCUUCAAUUUUCUGGCCACAGCUCUCUUGAAGGUGCCAGUGAUCGUCUUGUGAGGUUUGUGUUAUCCUGUCUUCAAGAGGAGAAAGUUGCUAACCCCGAGGGUAUGGAACAAAUGCUCCAGGAUCUCCUGGGUAAUGGUAAGAUUGAAAACGUGCAGUAGAACUAUAUCACAUUUGGUCUUUAUCGUGUUUGUCAAAACACAUCUAAUCUGGUGUUCCUGUGGCACAAAGGCAGAAAUUUUCGAGCUAUCAUGGGCCACUGCAAAUUAGCCACCCAUAUUAAUUUUAUCAGGGGCAUCCCAGCCGGGAAACCGGAAAUUUUCGAGCUAUCAUGGGCCACUGCAAAUUAGCCACCCAUAUUAAUUUUAUCAGGGGCAUCCCAGCCGGGAAACUGGACUCCUUUUGACUCGAUUUUGUUUCGGUAAGUGACGAACGCAGAUCCGUAAUCAUUGAUUACCUCUAGUUGUAGACAGGGUAUAUGACUUUACAGUGAGUUUGGGGGUAUGCUUAACUUGGCAUGACUGUGAUACCAUUAGGAGAUUGGAGGCGUUUCCAGGUCACUAGUAGGUUGUUAGUCAUGAUUUUACAUGGAUGCAUGCAAACAUCAGCAGGGUGCAAAGAAAGUUUGUUUUAGAGCUUGCCAUUUGGGCAAGCUGUAGCUAGAAUGUACUAGCCCAAGAGACACUUUAUUAUAACCCAAAAACAUUUUUUUGAUGAGCAGGAUUGAUUACAGUGAAUUCCUCAAAAAACUUUACCUGCCCAUUGGGCAAGUUGAGAACACAAUUCAUUAGCUCAGUAGCAAAAUCCACUAGCCCCGGGCUAUCGGAUACCACUUUCUUUGCACGCUGAUCAGAGCAUAAUUAUCCUUUGCUAACAGGGCUCUAAAUAGAUUAAGUUGGACUACACUUUCAACCUAAAUAGAGUCCCUCAUGUAUGCCAGCAAACAGGUCAUUUUUCAGGAGAAACAGGUAAAACAAUGAGAUUUCAUUAUACAAUGUAGCCUUAAGUUAGGAGAAAAUUAUUCGCAAAUUGAAUCUGUUCCGAGCAAAUCAUCAUCAUCAUCGUCAUCAUCAUCAUUAUUCUUUAGAACUGUAUGACUGUGCAGUGAUUUUUUUUCGUUAAUUUUCUCUCAAGACCUAUUGUUUCCUCUUUACAGGCACUCAGUCAUUCGUUUUGAAUUUAUGGAAAUUUCUUGCUGUUUCUAUCGCCAAAGAAAAUUGUCAGGUUUGGAUUAUUUUCUGUUCUAUUCCAGACAUGUUAAUGCCAAAGCGACGUUAUCAAUCACAUAUAUUUUGUUCAUUCUUCAAGGCUAGUGUAGAAAAAGCUAAGCAAGAUUUGCCUUUGCCAAUGGACCAUGUGAUAAGCGAGUUAUCGCCUCAACAGCGCCUUGCUGUCUAUGAGCAUGUUGUGGAGGUCAGUAAACAAGCUACUUAAAAACAUAGUGUCAUUGUAGAAGAUCGUUUUUUCUUUAUACUUCUUUCAUGAGAUAACCCGAGGAUCUGGUUCUUGUUGGCGUUCAUCUGAAAAGUUCAGUUUUGUUCUAGGCAGUCCUCGUUGUUUGGAUUGUUGUGGAAGUAAUAAAUAAAAUAGAUGAUGAAAAAAGAGUGAUCCUUUCUGUGUAACGGUUAAGUGAACAGCCUCAAGUUCCUCGUGCUUUCUCAAUACUGCAGGCCAUGCAUAGAUCUAACACUUUAACACCAGUGAACUAAAUCGAAUGCUCAGUCUGAAAUGGGUGGGAGGUCGCGGGAUUGAUCCCGGCGCCUGUAUCAGUAUUGACUCCGGGUCAUAACAUAGCUACCAUGGAAGUAGGUACUGCCUUCGUUAUGCUGCACUACUUGUUCUAAUCCAUUAGGUUUUUUUUGUGGUUCUGAUGGUCGCGAAUGUGACUAGUGUGUUGAUCUGUGACAGUUGUUGCGUUGUUUGUAUGGUAUCAGAGCACAGAACUUGUAGUAUUUGGUUCAUUUUUUCAGUUCUAUUUUGCUCUCUACCUACAUGUUUUGUAUUUUUAUUUUAGUUUUCACCGUUUGAGUCGAAGAAAUCUGUGCUUAUCUGAGACGUAGUGUUUCAUCACCCGAUGAAACACUGAGAAGAGAGUUGAAAAUACGACGCUGCAUCGGAGUAUUUUUGACGAACUUCAAGGUGUUUCAUCUGGUGAUGAAACACUGUGUCGAAUGCUUGAUAUUACUUCUCAAACAACAUGAUUUUAGAAGGAGGCAAAUUUCCAACACUCAUUCAACAUUUACUUCCUUUGUAUUUUCUUUAUGAAUUAUUAAUGAGUUUGAGAGGUAUUUUGGAUCGUAUUCUUGGUUUGCGACCACUUGGCAAGGUCACUAUGUUGGUGGUAAAUACAAUAUAAUUCUUUUCCAGUAAUUUACAUGAAAAUAGAGUUUAGUUAGUUCCCAGAGGAGAGAAAUACUUUUGUUCUUGACCACCAGCAUGGCCACCGUGACGUCACCUGCACACCAGAAAAUCUCUCUUCGUCUUACUGAAAUAGCUCAUGUUGUUUAUGCACAAAGGUUUCUAAGGCCAAACGAGAAGGGCCAAAGGAGGAUCUUGAUGCUGAGUUGGAUCCAAACCCGAACCAAUCAAAAGGUAAAGUCGGACAUUCUCACAGGACUUGUAAGCAGAAUAACUUUAGUACUGUAUUUUGCUGGCUCCUCAGGUGGACUUUUACUGUGAACCACUGAUGUUUUGAUAUUUUCUCCACCACCCUCCAUUUGCUUUCCAUUUCAGACGAGGAAAAUAGUCUCCCCAAGUCUCGAUUUGAAGUGUUAGCUGAGCAGCGUGACUACAAACGCCGACGGCAAAGCUACCGAGCCAAGAAUGUUCACAUUACUAAAAGAAGUGCUGUAGAUGUAUGUAUUAAUAUUUUCCUCUUUUAGUGUAAACCCGCCUGUUUUUUUCACCGAGGUCAACUUCGAGAAGUUCCCCGAUAAAAAAUUCUAACCAAGGUAAUUUUUUAUGGUAGCGUUUAACAGAGAAAUUCUUUCUCCCAACGGACGAAACAAAGAUGGUUGCCUGUCCUUGAAGAGAUUCAGAAGUUCUUUAAACUAAAGGAAGCAGAGGGUUAGGAGCUCGAGCCCAAGUAUCAUCCUUCGGCAAACCCUGGCGUAGAUUUUCUUCCACUUGUUCUUCUCAGGUUGAAUUUGGGACAUUGGUAACUUCCUCUGAAUGCUUAAAUCCCAAAGAUCAACUUCGUCAUUUUUCUGUUGUCUCUCUUUAGGUCAUGCGAGAUCUGAUCGAAACACAAAUGCAUGUCCUGGAAAUGCAGCUUAGAGGUGAACAUGGUACAAGCGGAAAUAAUUCAACCGAGGAGGGGACUUCUGAAGAUAAGGAGAGUCGGGACGGUAGAACCGACCUAAAGGACUGCAAGAGAAGGGAGAGUAGAGAUGAUGAAGGACAGAGGGAAACAGAAAGAAACAGACGGCAACACAACAGAGAGGGAAAUAAACGAGUACGAUAUUACGAUGAUAGGGAUUCAGAAAGCAAAAGGUCGAGAAGAUAA